AUGAUAAUUAAUCAUCCAGCUUACCCAAAAAAAGAGAUUGAUAAAUAUUAUCUUUAAACCAAAUUACCAGAGUAUUUAGUUUAUUAAUGUAGGUAUUAAACAGUUCCGAUGAAUGAGCAUUAAAAAAAGACACAUGAUUACUAUAAUGAUAAUACUCAUAUUUGGAAUAAUCCACAUUAAGCAAAGUCAAAUGCAAAGGUAUUCAAAUAAUUAAAAGAACAACAUGAAAAAGGUGAAAAGAGAAUAAGGUAAUUGAAAUAAAUGGAAUAAAAAGAGAAAUAAGAAUUACAACGCAAUAAAAUAAUAUACUAUAAUAUGGCAAGAGAAGAAGACCUUAUGCGAUUACAUUAAAGAAAAUUAGAAAGAGGUAGUUUAUAAAACUUAAGUUCACAACGUAAUGAUGUUUAAGUAGAUACAAUUUCUGUUAAACCAAUCCUUUCAAGAACAGCAUUACUGGGUCGACCAGAUCAUCUAUGGAAUAAAUUAAAUUAACAAAGUCAAAAAUAUGUUAAUUUACUUAUUAAUCCAAAGAUAUUAUAAAUGGAAGAACAAGGAGUUAAAGCAAUUAACGAAAAAAUUCAGAAAGACAUGCAAAUUGAAUAAAUUAAAGAAGAAUUAAGACUUUAAAAUAUGGAACAUAUUAAAUAAUAAAGUACUCUUAGAAGAAUGACUAAUCUUGAAAUGGAAUAAAGAACUGGCAUUCUCCCUUCAAGAUUAAGUUUAUAAAGAGUAACAACUGCUUAAACCAAUUGUAGAUAAAAUAAAGAUGUUAUAGAAUCUACAUUACAAUAAUUAGAUAAUCAAUAAUAAUAAUCACAAACAGUAUAAUUACUAUAAAACUAAAUCAUUAAUUCUGCUUAGUUCAAUCAAACAAGUAGACCAUAUACAGUUGGAAGUGUAAUAUAUUAUUAACUAUUUUAGGAUUUUAAUUCCAUUUCCUUUAAUGCUGGAUUAGUAACUAAGAAUGAAUAAAAUAAUAAUAAUCUUAUUCAAAAUUAAACUUAAACAAAUCCUAUUUUUAUAAUUCAUAAGUAUUUUAAUUAUUAUCAUCUUUAGUCAAAAAUCCAAAUCUGUAUCUACACUUUCUCACAAGCAUCCACUUGAUAGAACAGAAUUUAAAGGAUUAUUAUUAGCAUAAGCUGUUGAAUAAGCUGAAAGUAAUUUUAGUAAAACACUUAAAGCCAAUAGUUCAUUAUUAAAGGAAACUUCUAUUCAUUUUUCACGUAGUAAAUAAUCUAUGAUACCAAAAAAAAGAAUAUAGAUUAAAUGUAACAGUAAUUUUGUAAAUGAUUAAAAUAAAAAUGACGAAAAUGAUUUGUAAAUUGUAAACAAUAUGUUGGACAGUUUUGAAAGAAAAUUGUAUCGACCCAACAAUUUUGAUUAUGAGAUUUUAUGA